GAUUUUUUACAUAUUCCACAUCAGAAUAAAAGAAAAAAUAAUUUUAUUUAUUUUUUUGCCGACACGGCUACUAAAAAUUCAACCAUAAAUUAUUUAAAAACAAACAACAACGUAACAAAAACAAUAUCUAUGGAUUAAAUACAAAAGUAAAGUGAAAUUUUCAACGAAAAAGUUAAGAAAAGAAAAAUCACAACAAACUUUUCAUUUCGAAGGGAAAAACGACGACGACACUAAACGGGAAGCCAACAAAAAAAGUGAAAAAGUCACCCAAAAUACUAGCUCAGGAAAAUGGGCAUUAAUGUAAGCAGACAGGCUGAUUUAGCCGGCAAUGAAUUACUACAGAGAUUUGUGGGACGUAGUCAUAUUUCAGCGGAUGAUAUUGACUAUUGGCAAAAGUUGUUGAACUACAAUAUCACCAUACCCGAAAAUACACAGGAACAAUUAAAUUUAGAUUCACGCCUGGAAUCGUUAUGUCAAUCCUUUAUUAGUAACAAUUUAAAGACUGGAAAUUUUGGUUCGCUUAUAACGGUGUUCCUGACCAAAGUUUCCGAAUUGCUUUCCUUGUCCGACCAGGAAAGUAAUAUGCACAUAUGGCAGACCUUUAAUGCUUUGUUUAUUAUACGCAGUUUGGUUAAAUACAUCAUAGAGACGGGUUCUGAGUUUCAGUUGUUACAACAUUUUGAAGCCAUACCGAAUGAGGAACUGUUAAAGGCAGAAGAAGAGGCUUUGGCGGCGGGUGCUCGCAAGGAAAGUACCGCUAUAGCUGUAGAAGCAAUAGAACAGGAUAAUGCAGCCGCUACAAUAAAAGCGGCAGCAGCUGCUGCUGCGGUUUUGGUGGAUGGCUCUAAGUUUUUAACCUUCAUUGAUGCAAUAUUCAAUUUGAUUGUUGUGAUUCCAGUCAAAGAGUUCACAUAUCACCUACACUUGGAGGCUGUCAACACUCUAAUCACUCUACUCUCAGUGCACCUCUUUACCCAACAACCAACCGAUAAAUCAAUUAUCUUCCGCACUGUAUACAAAUGUCAACAUUCGAAUGUUUUAAUGUCAGCCUUAUUACAUUUUGUAUCCCGUUUAGUGGAGGUACCGCAAACCAUGUUUGGUUCUUCAACAGCUGGUUCAUUUGUCUUUGGUAUAGCAGAAUCUCUACUCUCAAUAUUCAGCUUCCGCAAACAACAAGACAUCUUAAAGACUACACAUUCUGUUGGCUCCGAAUUAUCACAAGAAUUUCGCACACACUAUCCGUUGGCCAAUCAAAGUCUUCUUUUGAUUCUAAUAUUGACUAAUCAUUGUACAACAAAAGAGAAUUCAUAUCGUACGUCAUUGUUUGCGUGUGCCGAUUCAAAAGAUGUGGCCCAUAAGGAUGGCGCAACGUUUCAUAUUGAUUUUUCAGCUGUUUAUGAAACUCUGUGUCGCAUUGUGACAAUUGAUCAGGCCACAUUACUGUUGUAUUUAUUGCUGCAUCGUAACGAACGGUUUUAUCGAUUUGUCAUGGCCCAACAGGAUUUGGAAAAGUUGGUGACCCCUAUUUUGCAAACAUUGUAUCAUGCUCCCGACAGCACAUCACAUCAUAUUUACAUGUCCUUGAUUGUGUUAUUGAUUCUAAGUGAAGAUGAUAGUUUUAAUAAGAAUGUUCAUAAUAUAAUGCUUAAAAAUAUUACCUGGUAUACGGAACGUACCAUUUCCGAAAUAUCCCUAGGUGGUCUACUCAUAUUGGUUGUCAUACGUACCAUACAAUACAACAUGUUGAAAAUGCGCGAUAAAUAUUUACACACCAACUGUUUGGCCGCCUUGGCCAAUAUGUCCGGUCAAUUCCGUAACCUACAUCCAUAUGUGGCUCAACGUUUGAUAUCGUUAUUCGAAACAUUGGCCAAGAAACACACUCGCUUGGAUGCUCAACUAAAAGAGCCCGUGAAUAGUGCAGUAUUUGUGAAUGUCUCUACCACACCGGAGGAUAUGUUACAAGAUUUAACCGUACUCGAAGAAGUGUUACGUAUGGUUUUGGAAAUUCUUAACUCUUGCCUUUCGAAUCAACUGGUCUAUUGUCCCAAUUUGGUGUAUACUUUACUUUAUAAACGCAGUGUGUUUGAGGGUUUCCGUUCACAUCAUGCUUUUCAAGAUAUUAUACAAAAUAUUGAUAUGGUGGUGGGUUUCUUUUCUUCACGUUUGCAACGUGUUCAAGAGCAACGCGGUGAAUUGGGUGUUAACGAAGUAUUCGAGGUCAUUUCUAAAGGAGCCAGUCAAUGGUCAAGUGAUCGUUUAAGAAAAUUUCCAGAUUUAAAAUUCAAAUACGUCGAAGAAGAUGCACCCGAAGAAUUUUUCAUUCCAUACGUCUGGACGUUAGUGUGUAAAUAUGGCUGUGUACACUUUAGCUCUGAGAGCAUUAAAGGUGUGACCACUGAAAUUUCCUGCUAAUAUACACUCGAGUUUGAAACAUGUUUAUAAUAAUAUA